AUGGGAAAACGCAAGGCAGCCAGGAAGCCAACGGGUCCGAAGAAGGACAAAACUACGCUGCCAAAAACAUUCGAGUGUCUUUUCUGUAGUCGCAACGAUGCGGUACAAGUAAAACUAGAUCAGAAGAACGGCAUGGGCUAUCUGAAUUGCAAAGUCUGUAAUAUGAGAUUCGAGUCGACUAUAAAUUCGCUCACUGCACCUGUUGAUCUCUAUCACGACUGGAUUGAUGCUAACGAUGAGGUCAACUUCCCUCAGCAAAAGAAAAAGAGAGUGGAAGAUAGGCCACCAGCCAGCGACGAAGAAGAUUAA